AUGAAGGACCUCGAAGCUCUAGAGUGCGAGGAGCUCGCACUUCCUCCACCCGAGUCGCAGAAUAUCGUACCCGUCGUCUGCGGCAUGCCGCUCAAAUAUGUCUCAUUAGUGACUCUGGCAGUCCAAAAUGCCUUAUUAACACUCAUAAUGCACUAUUCGCGGGUAUCCGCUGCGCCCUCAGAAACCUAUUCUGCCGCUGCAGCCGUGCUCACCACAGAGCUCCUCAAGGGUUCCAUCUCCCUCGUCGUUGCAUUCACCCGCUUGGAUUGCUCGUCUCUUCCGAGCACGUCGCCAUGGAACCCCCGCACCCUCCUCUACCGCUUCAGACGUCUCGGCAAGGAGGUGUUCCGACCUGACUGUUGGAAACUAUCCAUCCCCGCUAUUCUAUACGUUAUACAAAAUAAUCUCCAGUUCGUAGCCGUAUCAAACCUGGAGGCUGCGACAUUCCAGGUCAGCUACCAAAUGAAGAUCCUCACCACUGCGGCCUUUUCGGUAAUUCUCCUGCGUCGUAAGCUCAGCCCGACGAAAUGGCUCGCACUCCUCUGUCUUGCAAUCGGUGUGGGUAUCGUGCAGAUUCAGAGUGGCGCGUCGCCUGCGUCCGAAAUCCUGUCUCACGAGAUGAAGCCGUUCAAGGGCUUCAUGGCCGUCAUCGCUGCCUGUUUCACUUCCGGUCUUGCAGGGGUCUAUUUCGAAAUGGUGUUGAAGAAUUCGCCUGCGGAUCUCUGGGUCCGCAAUGUGCAGCUUUCGCUCUUCUCGCUCCUCCCUGCGCUGCUUCCGAUAGUGUUCUCGCAGACCGGCGCUGCACCCGUGAGCCUGCAGUUGUUUGCGCACUUCGGCAUUUGGGCUUGGGCGACCGUCGGUGUACAAGUGCUCGGCGGGUUGCUCACUGCCCUCGUCAUCAAGUACGCCGACAACAUUCUCAAGGGCUUCGCGACGUCUUUGAGCAUUGUUAUCUCGUUCCUUGCAUCGGUCGCGCUGUUCGAUUUCCGCAUGUCCCUCACGUUUGUACUCGGAUCGACAAUCGUCCUCGUCGCGACAUGGAUGUACAAUCAGCCUGACGCAGCAGGUUCACAGUGCGGCAAGUCCUGGUGGAGAUGGCACAGGCCAUCACAGCCCGCGCGUUCCGCCUCUGCGCUCGAGUUCUCCGGCGCAACACUCUCGCGGCGCGCAUCAACAUCUUCGCUCUCAUCGCUCGCCUCGUUCCACGCCACGCAAAAGUCGUUCCCGACCUCUCCUGUCGAGCGAGAUGCGCCGAUGUUGGGCCAGCUGAUCGAGAAGAAUCUGCUCAACAGCAAGAAGGAGGACGACCCCGCACGGUCGCGCUUUGCACAUAUGCUCGCUGCCGUGUUCUCGCCGUUCCGCCCUUUGGUCCGGACAUCGCUCGCGCACUCGCAGUCUGCGCCGAUGGGAUUCGUCGCGUCCGAGCACCCGUAUGCGUUACCCUCACAUACGAUCUCUCCGGCAUUCCAGACGCAAUCCCUUCCGUCAUCAUUGUCGUAUCCCUUCUCCUCACGACCGCCAAGUGCGCUGGGCCGACUUGAGAGCGUGGGGCACGCAGUCGCUCCCUCGGCGUCCGCGUCAUCGGAAUGUCUCGCUCCGCACCAUACCUCAUGA